GUUGCUACGGUAACCUGGCCACGAGGACAUCACCCUGAAAACGAUGGGGUGUGUGUCUGCACGCCGACGGGGGGACCGGAGAGUGGUUGUGCCUUCUCCCCCUCAGCUCAUUGAACUCAGGGAUUUCCGACAGGCUUUGAAGGCAGCACCGACGUGACUUACCGGCCAGCCAAUUGUGGGAGGAGAUUUUUUCAAGCUGACCAAUCAGAGACGGAGACGUUUUACGAAGGCGAGUGCGUCCCGCCCCCCGCCUUCCUGACGUUGCUCAUUGAAGAAGAAGAGGGACGGUCUCCGCUCACCAGCCUCACACAGAAAAUUCAGUCAUGACGGCCAAACUUUGUAAGCUUUUUGUCGGCGGUCUCAACGUGGAGACGACGGAAGAUGGCCUCCGCGCGUAUUUCGAGCAGUACGGCACGCUGAGCGACUGCGUUGUGGUGAUGAACCAGCAGCUCGGACGGUCCCGCUGCUUCGGCUUCAUCACCUACUCGACGCCGGAGGAGGCCGACGCAGCAAUGGCGGCUAAGCCACAUGUCGUUGAAGGCAACAACGUGGAGCUGAAGAGGGCCAUAGCGCGGGAGGACGCCAACAACCCAGACAUCCUCGCCAAUGUCAAGAAAAUCUUCGUCGGUGGAGUGAAAGACCACAUCGAGGCGGACAACCUGAGCGAGUACUUCUCUCAGUUCGGCGUGGUGGAGAAGGCCGAGAUCAUCUCCGACAAGCAGACCGGCAGGAAGAGAGGCUUCGGCUUUGUCUUCUUCGAGGACACCGACUCCGCCACCAAAGCCGUGCUCACCAAGUUUCACACCAUCAACGGGAACAAGGUGGAGGUGAAGAAGGCCCUUACCAAGCAGGAGAUGUCCACCGGCGGCCGCGGCGGAGGGAGAGGUCGAGGCAGAGGGAUGCAGAGCUAUGGCGGCGGAAGAGGAGGUGGUGGCGGCUAUGGAGGAGGCUACGGCGGCGGCGGCUAUGGAGGAGGCUACGGUGGAGGCUAUGGAGGUGGCUACAACGGCAGUGGAGGCUACGGGGGGGGUUAUGGAGGGGGUUACGAAGAAUACGAUACCCAGAUGGGGGGUGACUACAGUAAUGGUGACUUUGGGGACGGCUACGGACAGCAGCACUCCAGCUAUGGUGCAGUGAAGGGGGGCAAUUACUCCUACAGGAGCGGGGCUCCUUACAACCGAGGAGGAGGAGGUGGUGGCUAUGGCAGGGGUGGUGGAUUUGGAGGUGGCUAUUAGUUUAGUCAAGUUUUUUUUUUCUUUCAGAUGUCCAUUUGGGGGGAAAAUAAUUCAGAUUACAAUGAACUUGAAUUCACACACACAAACACACAUGCAUAACACAAGCCUAGGUGGGGGUGAGGAGGGGGGGUCUUUUGUUGAGGUUAAUUAAAUGGAGCUGUGCCCAUCACCCACACUGAAUGAAUGAGACUGUCCUCUGGAUCAUGGCUGCCCCCCCAUCUGUCCUCUUAUUCCACACAAUAUGGACUUUACUACUAAGAAUUGUGAAUUAUUGAAUUGUACUUUUUUUUGUUAUGUUGAGAAAAAAGGGGGGGGAGGGAAGGGGGUUGACUUGUAUUUGAACCAUUUGUAAAGCCGUAAUCAAUGUCAGUCACUGCUUCUCAACUCAGAAAUUGAGUUUGUUUGUCUUGCAAACCAGUCAGAUGUCUGUUAUUUUUUGCAUCAUGAACUCAGGGUUUUAAGUGAAGUUGGUGGCAGUGUCGGGCAGCAUGGGACUCGAUUGCUUGAGUUUCUUGAUCCUAAACACUUUCUGUGAGUUUUUUUUUCUGGAGAAAUGUCACAGACCUUUUUUUUUGUUAACUGUAAAUUACUUUUCCCACCUAACCCGUCCCAUUACAGGCUUUGUUUAGAUUAAAACUGUUUGAACUCAUUGUGUUCAGUUCACCCCUAUGUUUUAUUCUGGUUUUAUUAAAGUUUUUAAUGUUUUGAAA